ACACACUCUCCCGGCUUCGAAGGAAGCUGCAGAAAGGGAGGAGAGAAAGAUGGCAACUGAACAAAAAAAUCGGAACAGAAUCGGGAAACCCAAACAACCCAACCCAACCCAUGGGAUCCCGAGCCAAAGUUGUUACGCGGACUCCCAUCCCGAUUCAAACCCUCUUCUGCUGCUCCCCUCGCCGGCCGAUCGCCUUUAGCAUUCGUUCCUUCCUUGGCCGGAGGGAUUUGGUUGCAGCCAGCAAGCGACCGUGCCGGCUGCCGCGGCGCAGGAGGGACCCAUCCCGUCGCAUCGCAUCCUACCAGUUCCUCCAUGGCCAAGGAAAGCAUGGCGCUUUAGGGGCCCGGCCCUCCUUGCUUGCUCCCGUCCAUGUCCAUGUCAUCCCCUGUCGACGAUCGCCACCUCCCUCUGAUCACCUACUAGUAUAUAACAGGUCGCCUCGUUUGACAAGGUGGUCUUGGAGAGAGAAAGGCAGAGAGGUGGCCUGGUUGGACUGAGAGAGAGAGAGAGAGAGAGAGAGAGAGAGAGAGAGAGAGAGAGAGAGAGAGAGAGAGAGAGAGAGGUGGCUGAAUUGUAUGAUGAGUGACUGGGAAAGGGAGGCCACGUCUGGGAGCUCGGAGUAAAUGGUGAGAGGGACGCCGGGAGGAAGGUGGUAGUUCGGAGACGGCGCCGCGGAGCAGAGGAGCUCUGCUUCGGCUUGCAUGGUGGGAGCAGGGGAGGAGGAGGCCGCGACAGGUUCAGAAAUUCAGGAGGUGUUUGGAUGAUCUCGCUUACGUCCUAGAAGUUUCUGAAGUGAUGAUAGCUUGCUAGCAUGGAACCGAGGAGGUUGGAGCAGUUAGUGUUCCUGCUCUGCUGCUUUGCGGCAAGCACAUGCAGGUUACACGCACAAGCUCAGGCCCAAACCACUCUGCAACACCCCACUGGAGCAGUGGGUAGGAUUUUGUCGGAGGCUGGGAACAGAUCGGCGAGCGCUCUAUCCGUAAGAACAAGAAGAAUUGAUCCUCUUGAUGGUCUGAGGAAGUAUGAGGGAGGGUACAAUAUCACUGACAAGCAUUACUGGAGUUCGACCAUAUUUACAGGUAGAUCUGGAUACGUGAUUGGAGCAUUGUGGGUUAUUGGUGGUAUCAUUUUUCUGGGAACUAUAUUAGUCUCCAAGGUUUUCUGCACAAAAAGGAAAGAAAGAUACACUAACUUCGACUAUUUCCUAGAGAGAUACCAAAUUUUGACUGUGAUACUCUGUAUCAUCCUUGCAGUUUUUGUCAUAGUCGCAUCAGCAGUCACCCUUCGCGGCACGGUACAAUUCCACUCAAGAGCAGAAUCUGUGAAAGAGAUCAUUGGGACGACUGCACUUGAGGCUACAGCAACCAUUUACAACAUAACAGGAGCUAUUGAGAUGAUGCAGAACACAUCAAAGCUGUACAACUACACCAGUCAAGCAUGGGAUCAUCUGAACCCCACGGUAGAUGCGCUCAACUCCGAAGCAAUGGACAUUGAGGCGAAGGCGGAGAAGAACAUGCGCCUGGUCAGCAGAGGGAUCAACGCACUGGAACUUGUAACCAUUUUAACCGUGGCACUGAAUCUUGUAGCAGUUCUAGUGUUGUUGGUUGGGAGCCCUCUAAAACUGCAAAAACUGUGCUACUUAUGCAUGGCCUUCUGCUGGAUACUGACAACCCUGUUCUGGGUGUACUUCGGCCUGUACUACUUCUUCGACAAUUUCGCCGGCGACACCUGUAUGGCCCUGGACGAGUACCAGCUGAACCCUCAGAACAGCACACUGGGCACCAUCAUCCCCUGCAGCGAGAAGCUCUCCGGCAGCAUAAUUCUGCACGACGUCGGUGCAGGGAUCCAUGACAUCAUUGAUCAGGUGAAUUCAAACAUUAACACAAUUAAAUCGGAGUAUCCGGUGAAGAAGCUGGACUACAUCUGCAACCCGUUCAGCGGGCCGCCGGAUUACCAGUACCGUCCGCAGAACUGCCCCUCCGGCGCCAUCACCAUUGGUGACAUCCCUCAGAUCCUGAAGAGGCUGACGUGCUCGGACUUCGGCGGCGGCGCCAACUGCCGGCCGGCCGACCUCUCGUCGGCGAUCGACUACGACAAGGUGCAGACCUACACGAGCUCCAUCCAGAACGUGCUGGACAUCUUCCCGGGCACGGAGCGGCUGGUGAGCUGCGAGCUGGUGAAGGCAGGCUUCGCGAACAUCGUGGGCAACCAGUGCGCCCCGCUGCGGCGCGGCGCUCGCACGGCGUGGGCCGCGCUCGCCGCGCUGUCCGCGGCCACGGCGGCGCUGCUGCUCGUGCUCGCGGUCGACGCGGCCGGCGGCGCGCGCCGCCACCCCGGCGACGACCGCCUGUCGGUGCGGCACCUCACGUCGUCGACCAACUCGGAGAUCUCGGACUCGGAGGCGGAGUUCGCCGAGAUGCACGCCAAGAAAGUGCGGAUCAGGGUCGGGCCGUGAGCCGUGCAAAAGCUGGCAUCGGAAUUCUUUUUGCUGUGUUCUUUAAUCUUCAUUACGAUUUACAGAGGAGAAAGAGUUGAGGAUGUAUACUGCCGGCGGUCGAGACUGAUCCAGGAGAGAUCGUCCACCGCCGGCGCGCCAUUGCUGCGAAAAUGUUUGGUUCUAUGUUCCGUGGGAUCAGAUGGUCUGGAGAAUCCAGCCAUUGUGUGUUGCUGGCAUAGGAGAAAUUUAUUGCAUUGGAUUCUGUACAUGAAGUUUCAAUCUGCAAAGCAUUGAAGAAUAGUUUCGGUACAA